AUGGGGCAAGUCGCCUCCAGAAAGUCAAGGUUAGGAGCAGAUGGUGAUCUGGAAACUGAGAGGCAGCAUCUGGCUGAAAAGCAGAAGUUAUGCAAAGCUCGAGCUCACAAAUUUUCUCUGGAAACCAAUCGACGCCAAAGAGCUCUGCACGAAAGACGAAAGCAGUGGGACAUGCAGGAGCAACGCCUGAGGGAGAUCGCCCUACAGCAACGUAGACAGCAAGUACAAGAGGCAACCGAGCGGUUCCAAAGAGCCCAUCUGCCUCCGUCUCAGAGAUACAGACCAUCUAUUAGAAGAAAUCCUGCAAAUAUGGAAGAUGCACUCAGUCAAAUUCAAGGCACUUUGGGCUCAUACACCCGGCAGUCCUCCCUCUUGUCCAGUAACACUAACAUUAGCAGAAGCAGCACUUCUUCAACAGUUUCAAACCCCUCAAACCGCCAAGCGCUCUCUGCUGCAGAGUCCUACACUAAACUGCUCCAGAAGGAGAGCAGGUCAGACAUGUAUCGAGCUACCAGUUCACAGGGCAGCCGACGGUCUGAAAGCCUUUCAAGUGAGGACAGCUUGGAGAAUGAAGACCCGAACCACAGCACAAUAAAUCCACAGUGCUCUCACUCAUCCUUUUUUCUUCGCUAUGAGAAAUCCCAUUCAGACCUGAGAAAGCGUGAUGAUUUGUGUCCAGCGCGGGGCCUAACUUCUUCCUCGGUGAUCUCUCCUGAUGAAAACGUGGCCCAGUCCAGUGAACUGCAUGAAGCCAAGGCGGAAAAACAAGAGGACUCUCCAAGGACUUGGGGUUUCACAUUAUUUCAGCAAACACCUAAAACAGAGAGUCAGCCUGCUCGGCACGACUGUGAUUUAUUAACUCUUUGUGAAAUUACUACUGGAGAGUCAGGACACUUGGAGGUGAAAUCCUCACAAAACAAUCCAAGGGACGGCAUCAGUUUUAUAAACAGAGUCGUUCUUGGCGCCGCACAAGUUGAGUCUUCACAUGCAUAUCAAGAAGCUGAUUUGGAUCUCAUGCAACAGCGUAUUAAGGAUCACAAACUAUUACGUUAUCUAUCAGCCACAGGUAUUCCUUUACCUUCCAAAAAUUGGAGCAGCAAAGACAUUUUGUAUGGAGCUCCUCCGAAGCCGGAUCAUUCCUUAAAGGAUAGCAAAACUGAUAAUUUGUCGGAUGACAAAUCUGUCCGGGAAAUCGGAGAAGGAAACCCUUGUCUGUCAUUACAGAAAGAACCCUAUGAUUCCAUAAAUAACCUCAAUAAGAUUUCAAACUUGGAGUGCAAAACUGAAAAUCCCAUAAAUGCAGAACCGCUGCCACACAGGAGCUUGUCUAACAUUCAGUCAGAUCACUUUGACUCUACUGACGAGGAAGAACAGAAAUUACCCCUUUCAGUGGCAACAUCUCGUUCAGCGUGUGAAGUCAGAUUCAAUAAAGGAAUCCUUAAAAAGCAGCACAAGUAUAUAUCGGCAGAUGCCACGUCCGUGCAGGGUUUAGGGCAUUUUAUUUUUGCUAAACAAGUAGCCUUAACCAUAAGGGAUAGUGUUGAAUUAACAAGAGCAAAAACCAAAUAUGUGAAGGUAAAUAACCCCAUCAAAAAGAAGCUGCGUUGGUUUGAUGAGGUAUGUGAGGAAAAAAAGGCAAAGCAGCAGAAUAUAUUGAAACAAGUGAAAGACAAGUGUUCCAGUCCUUCUCAUCCGAAAGACAAUUCAAAGGACCACCAGCUAAGACUCACUGCAGACUCUGGGUCUCCAAUGGCCGGACCCAGCGUGACCCCUGCAGCCUCCACUGGUUAUCAGUUUACAAGAGAAGCAUGGACAGAUGUUGGGGUUCAAGUCAACUUGCCCCAGGAACAAGAAGACGAGGUCAAGGUUCCCCAGAGCAUCACUCGGUCCACUGGUCCCAAAGUCCCUCGGAGAGAAAGCUCCGGCAAAGUCGGACCGGGUCCCGUCCCCUCAACGGCUAGAAGAAGGGGCACCGUCAUACGAGCCCAAUCUGCUGCCGGCGUACGUCAGAUUGCUAAAACCCAGGGGAAGGUCAUGGAGCCCCGCCCACCUCCUCGGACGGAGUUCGUUGAAGAAAAGACGCCUUGUACCACCAGAGAUACCACAUAUGGCGUGAGCCGCGCUGGCGUCGGCUGCAAACAGGCCUGCGUUACGGAGAAGGUCCUGCACAAGAACCACUCGGAGAGGUUUUUCUCACCAAACACUUAUCAUGUGAUCAACACAGAUAGCACUGCUAUCUCCUCUGCUCUGCCUCCCUCGUGCAGCCGCCCCCCAUCCUCCGAGGACAACAGCAAAAGCACGCCCGUUUCAGGUCGUCAGGAGACCGAGAGCAGACGAAGAGGGGUGGUGAAGAGUGAAAAGGGCCUCUGUUUAGCUUGCACUCCCACUGAUGAGGAGAUUUCCCAGCUCUGGCAUGGUGUGCGCAGCGCCUUAACCACAAAGGAUGCGGAAAGCCUCCUUAAACGCCAGACUCUGCAGAGUGGGCCCGUUUUAAGGAAACCCUGUGCUGAGCAGAGCCAACAAUCCCCUGGCUCGGGGACCAGAAGGCCUCCUCUGAGUUCUCAGCCUACAAAGAAAACUGCGCUGGUCAGACCACGUUCAGCCACAACCGACGGGGCCUUUCCAAAUGAAGGUUUGAAGGGUUCGGGCCAGUUACACCCAGCUGAAGUGCAUGCUGGGGGCUUGUUGGAGGGGAAUCACACCGCGGCUGCCAUGGACACGGCUCAAACACAUACGUCUGGAACAGCGAGGCGGCCCAGCCAACAGCAGGGGCUCGCCACCAUUUCCUUUGAGGAGAAGAAAAUACUCCUCUCUCUGGACAAACUCAACCACCAGCUGCACUAUUUGCAGGGACAUGUUGGGGCUGAUGCUGGCACACAGGGUUCCUCUACAAGAGAAGUGAACGUCAGAGAUGAUCGCAAACGCCGCACAUCCUCAGCUCAGCGCAUGCAAUCCCAGAAGAAAUUCUGACGUAAAGUUUAGUCCACGCUGUUCUUCAUGCCGGCCAGUGCACAUUGUGUUGCAUCAUACUUAGUAUCU